AUGGCAUCCCAAGCAGACGCAUCUUCAGUGAAUUCACCUGAAAUUAAAAGAAAGAAAAGGAGCAUUAACUCUAGCAAUACAGAAAUAUUAAAAUUGGAAGAGCUGGUAAAAGAUGAGAAAACAUUUUCAAUAUUAACUAAUAAAUUUUCAAACACUCUCAAUAAUAAAAUGAAAAAAGAUAUGUGGACAAAAAUUGCUGAAGAUAUUUCUGCACAAGGAAUUGCAGUUAGAACUGCGGAUGAAUGUAGUAAUAAGUGGCAAAACUUGAAAAGAGAGAGCAAGGCAGCAGUUACCAGUGAAAAGUUAGAACGGCGUAAAACGGGCGGAGGGACCCUGACACUGACAGCUGUCGCCGAUGAACAAAAAGUUCGGAUCGCCGAAAUGUACAAAGAUUCGGCAUCCUUCAAUGGGAUUAUUGGAGGAUUGGACAGCGGUGAAGCUGAUGGUCGUCACUUUCUGUCCAACACCACAGUUGCGCCCGCUGUAGGAACAGUUGAACAAACGGAGCAGUCAAGUGAGUGUUGUUAUAAAGGACCAGCAAAGAAACAAAAGAAGUUCGCAACAAAGUCUGAAGAACUUCAGUACUGGCAGGUACAAUAUUUCAAAGGGGAGGUGGAAAAGCAGGAACGGGAGAAACAACUACUUGAUAUAAGGAUUCGCAUGCUGCUGAAAGAGGAAAUGAGACGUGACCAGAACGUUGUUGAUGAGAUCAUCAAUGGGAUAUUUUUCGAGGACUAAAUAUUAUAAAUAUUAUACUGUUAUACUGUUAUUUAUUGUAAACCGACUUGAAAUAAAAGUUUGUAUCUUGUAUCUUGAAAUAUAAUGGUGACAUUGACUUAGUUGCCUCAGUGCUUUAUUGAAAACAAAAUGAUUAACAUUGAUUUUUUUUAAAUGUUGUUUAGCAAUAAUUGUGUUAGAUUAUACCCUUUAUAUUUAAUGUCCUUACAUAAAUUCGAGAAACAAUUUUUUUUCCAUUAUGUGAAAUAUCUAUUCACAAUGUAUUCACGUAUGUGUGUCCCGCUUCCAUUCCCAUUCAUCGCAAGAUUGAAUACUGCAUCAUUAUUGUCUUGAUUUUCAUCAGAAUCCCCAAUGUCAGGCUCAUUGAGUUUGAUGCAAAUAUUGUACAGUAUCACGCAUGCUGUUGUUAUCUUGCAAAUCUUUGCAGGCUUCAAUCUAACCUGCAAAUAUUGAAACUAUAUAACAGGCAUGGGCAUAUUAAAUAUAGAAACCUUUAAUGAUUUCUAGGUUAAAUUAUGUAAUAAACAUUUACAAAUUGUUAUGCCCCCUUUAAAAAAGGGGGUAUAUUGUUUUUGGCCUGUCUGUCUGUCUGUCAUUCUGUCUGUCUGUCUGUCCAAAACUUGAAGAAAUAUUAAAGUUUUGUCAUAACUUUUGCAAUAUUGAAGAUAGCAACUUGAUAUUUGGCAUGCAUGUGUAUCUCAUGGAGCUGCACAUUUUGAAUGGUGAAAGGUCAAGGUCAUCCGUCAAGGUCAAAGGUCAAAUAUAUUUUGUAUUAUUUUAAAAAUGUCAAGUGUUUAAAAUAAUUAGAAAUCAAAGUCAUUUAAAUGCAAUAAAAAAGGAAAUAUACAAAUGCAUAGUGUUAUUGUUAGAUGGCAAAUGUACAUAUUCACUGUAUGAUAAUUUGGUUGAACAGUGUAUGUUCUACCCACUUUGCUUCAUUAAAAAAUACCUCAGAGUGUAGAACAGCAAAUCUACGCUUGAGUCUCCCAAAGCUUUUUUCAAUGACUGCUCGUGUCCGGGUUUUGGCCUGCUGAUACCUUUCCUUUGCCACAGAAUCCGCCGCCAGGAAAGGAGUUAUCAUGUACACUUUGUAUUGGUAACUGAAAGUGGUGAAAGUUUAUAUUUGUUCAGUGCUUUUGAACAGACACCAUAACUAUUUGCAUAUGUCCAUUUCAUUAAAAUUAGAUUUAAUAUGGGAAUGUUUCAUUUGAAUUGUAUGAAAACCAUAUUAGUAUUGUUUAAAACUAUUGUUUGUGUGUGCAUCAGAUUAAUUUGUUUAAAGUUUUUAUCAAUUUUAAACAUUUUCUAAUUUUGUCUUUUCAUUUGUUACAUUUUUCAUGAAUUAAGGUCAUGUAACAUGGGAUACAACUCUUCUAAAGAUUGCAUUUAAGUUAAACAUUAGUUACUCCCCUUUGACUAUUAUGUUUUUCAUAAAAGUACAGUUUACUUGCGUGUAUCAUGUAUGUGUUUAUUGUUAUUCGAGGUUCGAUGUUGUUUUUUUAGUCAGGCCUGUCCUAUUUAUCUUUCACUAAGUUCGUGCCUUGUUUAAAAUUGUAAUAAACAUCUGAACCUUGGAGGCAUUCGUGUUUACCAACCCCUUUGUUAAUUAACACAUGGAAUGAUUUGCUUAUAAUAAAUAAUUUAUGGCAACUAUGA